AUGUAUGGCCAGGGUCGCACUUCACAUACGGCCAAUCAUUCUGGCAAGCGACGUGAUGCCGAUCCAAUGGAUAUAGAAAGUGACCUCAUAUCUUCGAAUACGAAGGCAAAAGUUGGCCUGCUUUCUCAUACUUUGGUACCAAGUCCAAUUAUCCAAUGGAUCUUACCUGCGCGGCUCCGAGGAAAACACCAAAAUGACGUCGUAUUCGUCGGUGAGCGGAGCUUGCAGAUCAAAGAAGCUGUUUCUGGUGUGCACUUAGAAGGGGUUACCUCCAAAUCGGAUUUUGAUGCCUACAUUAUGGCAGCAAAGGUGAUAAACGUGAGCACCGAGUUACCUUGGGAGGCGCAAAUGAAGCUAGGUGCCAGCAGUGCCAGCUCAACUGCCACCCCGAAGGUGGAAAAUGAUCUGCCGCCUCAAAUUUUACUUCUCAGCCUGGCCUCAAAGGAGCUGGUCUUCCUUUACUAUUCGAAUGCACAUGGACAGUUUAUUCAUCAUCAUCGGCCAUUGCCGAACGAUGUCAGCACGUUUGAGCGAUUUGGACGAAACAUUGCGGUGGAACCGAGAUCUCGCGCAGUGGCGGUCAGCGCUUCCUGCGAUUAUUUUGGCGUUUUCAUGUUGAAGAAGCCGCCGGUCCUUCAGACACAAAUGCUACAGAAUCAGCUUGAUCCCAUCGCAGAGGAACGCUUUUUCCGUGUUGACGGAGAUAUCAUCUUCAUGGAGUUUCUGUACCCGAAAUCCGACGAUGGCGGAAAGGUCAUCCUUCUUCUCCUGGUUGCGCAGGAACAUACCACCCACGCUAUAUGCUACGAGUGGGAUGCCAAUGAACCCCUGCGACAGGCGUCCCCUCGUGUGACUAAAAAGCUUCUUCCCGCUGAAGACAGGUUGCCGACCAUGCUGAUCCCGUUAACCAAGACCUCUUCCUUUAUGCUUAUCACAACAACUUCCAUGGCUGUCUAUAGGAGCCGAUUAGACCCGCGGAGGCCACCGAGCAGGUAUCCACUUCCUGUUCCCGAUCGUGAAUCCCAAAGAUCCCCAUUAUGGACCCGAUGGGCAAGACCAUUGCGUAAUUGGAUCUACAAUCAGAAGCAUGACGACAUAUACCUUUGCCGUGAGGAUGGCCGCAUAUUUUACCUGGGCAUCGGAAACGACGGCGAGGCUGAGACCCAAACUCACUUAGGGCAACUCUGCUGUGAUGUCGAUGCUGCUUUUGAUAUCUUGGAUAUUGGCCACGAAGGUGGUGAUCUACUCCUAGCCGCCGGAAAUACAGGCGAUGGCGGUUUGUUUGUCCAAAAAGCACGGGACCAUCCUAGGUGUGUCCAAAAGUUCAUGAAUUGGACCCCGGUUACCGACUCCGUUUUGAUGAGAUCUUCCAAUCGGGGACCAUCUGGGGUAGAUGUUGCCGGGGAUCGACUGUUUGUAUGCUCUGCAUCUUCUUUCGCUCGAGGCGCAAUUGUCGAAUUGCGACAUGGGAUUGAAGCACAAAUUGGGUUAGCGGCCUCUUUAGAAGAGUUGUCUGGCACUCGGGAUAUAUGGACCAUGCUAGACAGCGCAAACGGAGGCGUUUAUGUGCUGACCUCAGAUCCUAUCUCCUCUGUACUUUUAUAUUUGUCCGCUAAUUUUGGGGAGGAUAUCUGCGCCGUCGACGAAGUGGACUGUGGCUUGGACUUCGGAUCUCAGACUCUGGCCGCGGGCUGCACUGCGUCGGGUGUCCUCAUCCAGGUGACAAACCAGGCCAUUCACCUUGGGACAACGGCAGAAUCUGUGUCGAGCUUUCGCUUUCAUUAUGAUGCCGGUCAAAGUAUUGCGAUUGCUGCGGUAGACGAAGAGUCUUCCCUUAUUGCGGUUGCCGUUCGGGCUCAAUAUGAGACACAUCUUCACCUCAAGAGGCUGACUCCGGCGGCUAAUCAGUUCCAGCUUUCUGACGUUGGUCACCCUCUCAAAAUACCUUACGAGCCAGUCUGCAUUUUCGUUGAGAACUUUGAGACCGCGUCUUUUGUUUUCAUUGGCACAGGCAAUGGCAAAAUCCUAGUGUAUCACGUGGAGCAAGACUCCGUCAGAUUUUUGUUUGGGGAGUCGGUGGAUGUGGGAAGUGUUGACGACAUAUCGAAAGCAAUUGAUAGCAUUGCCACAGUCAGUUCGGCCCCCGGUGGGCUUCGGAAGGAGAGCCUUCUUCUCUGUGGCUUGCGGAGUGGCAUCUUAGUGUCUUUUGGCCUGGCAUUCGACCAUCACGGUGCAGCCUCUCCUAUCGUGCUACAGCAAACUUCUUCUCGGCGUCUAGGACACACGCCCGUUAGAGUACAAAGCAAAGGGAGACUCAGACUCGCCUUGUUAACCUGCGGGCAAGGUUUCUGGCAGGCAUCGUGCAUUCAAGAUGGCGGAAAGCCUGAUUGUACACUCCAAAAGAUCUGGAUCACUGACCAGAAUAAUCCGGCCUACCACCCCAAAAAUGUCUACGGAUUCUCAAUCGCCAACAUUGUCAACUCAGACGCGGAUGCCCUUUCCGAUACUUUGUUUUGCAUUGCGGAUGGGCAACUUCUCAUCUGCACCUUGGAUCGGGAUGCCAAAACUGUCCCAAGAAGGAUUGAUUUACCAGGAAGCGCCACCAAACUUGCCUAUUCCCAGUACCUGAAAAGCCUCAUCGUCGCUUAUACCCAGACCGAAUUUGACUCAGAAUCCGACCCUAUCAGACGGUUUACUCGACCACGGAUUGAAUUUGUCGACCCCGAUUCCCAACAUGCUGUUCUGGACCCUCUUGAACCCAAUGCCGAGGACGAGCCGGUGCCGUGGAGACCGCAAGGCGCAGCCGGGGAAAAGAUCAGCUGCAUCCUAGAGUGGACCCCAAGGAAAGGCGACGAGGAGUAUCACUUCAUCGUCAUCGGGACCAGCCGUAAGAACCAGUCCGACCAAGGUCGGGUUAUCUUCCUGCAAACGAUGCGGGACUUUUCAACACCAUCGCGAAUCGAGUGCCAGGUUAAGCACAUCCACAAAUUCGAGCAGCCCGUUUAUUCCAUCGCCCCCUAUGGGGAAUUCACUCUGAUGGUCUCGACUGGCCAUGAAAUUGUUCCGUUGGAACCCAAGAUUUCAGACUCACGGGGGAUCCGAGCAGCUAGAUUUCCCGUUUUGUCUCCCGCUCUGUCGAUGACCGUCCAGGAGCCAUAUAUCUACAUGUCCACGGCGCGAGAAUCGCUCAUGAUCCUCCGAGUCUCCGAUGACAAAUUAACGCUCCAUGCCCAUGAUCGGCAGAAACUGGAUGGACUUUCGCAUGUCCACAUCGGCGGAGAACAGAAUCUCAUUCUAGCAUCUAGUCGAGGAGGGCGGGUCAGCAUUUUACGAGAGAAGGGGGUGACCGAGGCCUACAAAAUGAUGCCUGUGGCCCUGUGUGAGGCCCAUCUACCCUCUUCCGUGUCGAAACUCAGUAGUGGUACGAAGCCGUCGCCAGUGUCCUCGCAUUCCCAGGUUUUCUACGGUACCGCCAUGAACGGCACAGUUCACCGGUUCAUGACACUAGGGGAGAACGAAUGGCGCUUGCUGCGUCUGUUGCAGAAUCUGUGUGUGCGGGAUCCGGUCAUCUGUCCAUUUACUCCCCGGCGGACCAGGUUACGGAGCCCCGUCGGGAACGAUCCGCUUGAAUUGCAGCCCCCUCAGAUGCAUAUUGACGGGGAUAUCCUGAGUCGCCUCGUGAUGCGCGGGCCCGACUGUUUGGCGCGCAUGCUGACUACGGGAGAGUUUCAUACGUCGUCGAGUCCGGAAAUGGGCUCCCCGCAGGCGAUUCGAGGACGAUUCUCCGAGUUAACUCGAGAAGUACUGGGAGAAGAGGCCGGGCUGAAUCCGGUGGAAGCCGUGAUGGGCUGGUUGAAACGCUGUCUCCACGUGGAGUUGUAG